UAGACACCACACGGACACACGCUGACACGCACAUGGAAAAAAUUAGAAAAAUGAACAACAAUUUUAAAAGAUGGAAUAUGAAUCAUAAGCACAAAGCAAACUAAACAAAAAAAAAACCGCCAAGCGAGAGCAAAACCCAGAAAGACACGAAAAUCUCAGCCGCGCCCAGCCCGGCCUAGGGCCGGCCGCACACAUGCGAUGCUUGCAUUAUGGUCGCCUCUGCAUCCGUUGGUAAUGUUGUUGCUAAGUUUUUUGCACUCCUCGUCGUCAUGGUAACUUGGGCCUGAUGCAUGCUGGGAGAAUGUAAAAAUUUCUCUGCAUGCCUCUCUUGUCAGUUGGUUUGGUGAAUUCCCAACGCCUUCUGUUGGAGUGUUUCUCGUCUUCUGUUCCGUUUUUCUCUUUUGGUUUUCUUUUUUCCUUUUUCUUUUUUUUUCUUUUUUCCUUUUUUCUUUGGUUUUGUUUCGUUUUGGGGGGAAAAAUCAAAUGGUUCUUUUUUCCCCUCCCAUUCCCUUCACCUGGUCCUCUUCUCCCCCAAAGCGACUUGUCUUUGGUUCUGUCUUGUGUCUGUGCUAUUUGGUUUUGGUUUCUUGGGUUGAGCUGUUCUGUGGUUGUUCUCCAAACGCAUUGUGAUUUAAAAGCCAGUGUUCCUGUCCCAGCUAUCAUCCAGGAGGGCAGAAGGGGUCCCACAGCUGGGAUGCCAGGGCAGAAAGUGACCACUUAGGCACAAGGGCACAAGGGAGGUGGCACAGACAGAUGGCAGGAGGUCAGAACAUGGGUGGGGUGUGUGGAGAGAGCAGCCCAAUUUUCCUGACCUCACUGGCCAGCCCCUCUUUCCCCAGAGGUAGUAACUCAGCUCCCUGCCUCCAGGCAGCCAUGUUAGAAGGAAGCUUAAGGAGGCGUGUUCCCAUCCUUCUGCCUCAGAAUGAAACUGCCUCCUGCACUCCCAAAUAAGCCCAAACCCAGGCAUUUGAAGUACUGCUGAAUGUGCACUAGCAUUUUGAGUUCUUAUUCAUUUUAGUGACAUUUCCAAAUACGGAUUGUGGUCAGUUUUAAAUGAGGGGAGAGGGCAAUAACAGCACCAUCUUCACAGGACCAUGCAUACUCAGUGUGUAAUCGGCACUCAGAAUGGCAGCUGCUGUGAUGACUGUGCAUUCUGUCUGGGUACCAAUCCAGAAGUGCCCAUUAGGAAAUGUAGCCUGACAGACUUGGGAAGAAAGACUUGGCCAAUUAUCUGACCUAGAACACUAUGCCUCUGCCUCCCAGGCAGCACUGGCUGCUUCCCUCAUCCCCUCUCAGACUCUGAGCCCAGUCACAGGCAUCUUUUGUCCAGCAACACAGCAUGGUCACUUUCUGAGUACCUGAGCAUCAGAGCUGUGGAAUUCUGGAAAAAGCCCGGGGGAACCUUGGACACAGCCUCUCCCCUGCUCUCUCUGCCUCCCCAACUCUCCCUCUGCUUCUCUUUCUCUUUUUCAGCUCUCUUUCUCUCUGUGUGUCUCUCACUCUUGCAGAUCUUCAGAGAUGCACACCCCCCAUCUUCUGCUCCCCUCCCCAAGAAAAGGCACGCCCAUGAGAGUCUUACUCCAACUCCCAAUAAAAAACACCCCCCAAUAAAAUAUCCAUGUAGAUUUUUAACCACCAACCCCAGCUGACUACCCAGUUUAGACGAUGUUGAGGACAGAAGCUAGACUUUGGAAUCACCUUUUCCCCCUCUUGUCCCUCACCCGUCUUCUCUAAACUUGCCAAUUAUUAAAUCUCUAGACCAAGUCGGCAAGAGGACUUUAGAUGCAGUAAGAUUUGCUUAUUAACCCAGCAUAAGAGCUGCCAGGCUGACCCUCAGAGCAGUGCCAAAAGAUGGGAGAAAGGGGUCUCCCAGCCCCUCCACCAAAGCUAGGUCCUGGUGCAUUGGAACUGAGUGAACAGAGGGUCUCUGAAGACGACUUGGACUUUCUGGGCAGUGCAGCCCAGAAAGUGAUGAGAGCAUAGGCUCUGGACUCUGGCAGACCUGGAUUCCAGUCUUGUCUGUGCCCCUCCCUGGCUACGUGACCUUGAACUAGUCAUUUGACCACUUGGAGUCCCCACUUCCUCAUCUGAACAGUAGAGAUCAUAAAUGAACCUUGAUCACAGGGUAGUUGAAAGGAUUUCAUUGAACUAAGUGCUUGUCAAGUGCUCUGUGUAACAAGCAUUGCCAGUAGGAUUGUUGUAAAUAAAGGAUUCAAGCAAAUGAUCUGGGCAAGUCACUUCCCUUCUUUGUGGUCUUAGUUUCCCUGUUAUGUACUUCACAUGUCCACUGUUUGAAUAAGAUGGCAUAUGGGAAACUUCAAAAUAAUUGUAGGGCAGAAGCUAAUUCAUUUGCUCAGACCUCAUUUUUCGCUAGUGCUUUCCUGAGCUCAUCUCAUGAUCUCAUUUUCUCCUGGCUCCAACCCCAUCCCCAUGAGAUCAGCGGACUCCCCAGAGCCAUAACUCUCAUUUUCCCCACUGUCAUUUCCUAGGAAGUUCUGUGGCCACAGAAAGGGACAAUUAAGUACAAGGCUACCCUUGCAGAUAAGUACCAGCCCACCAGAAGAGAUGGGCUACCUGGCAUGUUCUGAAAGCUACAAGUAUUUACAUUGUUGCCAGAGCAGCCAGUCAUAGGAGUUAAUUGCAAAAAGGGGAAAAAGUGCAACCCGUAAUCUCACUCUUAUUUAUUUUUUAAACUGACAAAUCUCCAGCUUUGGCUGACUCUGGGUGGUACAGGGGGUAAAAUAUUCAGACUUGCCCUUCUCCUCCUGAAAUUUAUCUCUGGGAUCCGAAGGGCUUAAGUCAAAAUUGUGUCCCUUUUUAAAAAUACAGCUGGCAGCUCCACUGCCAGCUGUAGUUGAAUUCUCCCUCCUCCGGCUUUUGACAAGGUGGGAAGAUGAUCGGAUUAUAUUCUCCCUGACUGUGAAUGUUCUUUUCUGGUUCUUUAAAACUCUAAGCCUCUAGAGUAUGAGUUGGUGGCUAAAGGUAGUGUCUUUACUACCUGGUCUAGCAACAUAGCAUUAUUGAAACAUACUGCACAGGACCCAUGUAAAUGGUUUGCCACCCUCUGAUGCCAGGGGAACUUGGAAAAAGCUGGAGACAUCAGGAGGAAUUUUCUUUUUCUUUUUUUCUUUCUUUUUUUUUUUUUUUUUUUUUUUGAGAUGGAGUUUCACUCUUUUCGCUCAGGCUGAGUGCAUUGACGUGAUCUCAGCUCACUGCAACCUCCUCCUCCUGGGUUCAAGUGAUUCUCCUGUCUCAGCCUCCCGAGUAGCUGAGAUUACAGUUGCCCUCCACCAUGCCUGGCUAAUUUUUGUAUUUUUAUUAGAGACAGGGUUUUGCCAUGUUGGCCAAGCUGGUCUCCUGACCUCAGGUAAUCUACCUGCCUCAGCCUCCCAAAGUGCUGGGAUUACAGGUAUGAGCCACCAUACUCGGCCUUUUUUUUUUUUUUUUUUGGACAGAGUCUCACUGUGUUGCCCAGGCUGAAGUACAGUGGCGCAAUCUCGGCUCACUGAAACCUCCGCCUCCUGGGUUCAAGUGAUUCUCCUGCCUCAGUCCCCUGAGUAGCUGGGAUUACAGGCACCUGGCACCAUGCUUAGAUAAUUUUUGUAUUUUUGGUAGAGACAGGGUUUCACCUUGUUGGCCAGGCUGGUCUUGAACUCCUGACCUCAUGUGAUUCACCCACCUCAGCCUCCCAAAGUGCUGGGAUUGCAUGCGUGAGCCACCGCACCCUGCCAGUGGAGCAAUGUUCUACCUUGAAGGGACUGAGGAUAUCUUCAAGGUUUUAGAAGAGGCCAAUGGGACUGGCAUAAUUUAAUGCAGAGUCUCGAGUGCUAAGCUAAGAACCCAGUACCUGCUGCGUGACACCAGCAAGGCCUAGAUUGCCCAAUUUCCAGGUCUUCUUUUUCAAUAUUUGUGACCUGUCCCCAGGCCUUUUGAGAUCAACCCAUGUAUGCAAAUUUAUGGGGAAAAAUUGUUUUUUAAAUUAAAUUUCCAAUACCCAAGUCCUAAAAUUGAUGGAUGUGACCCCCAGGUGUUCCCCUUACCUCCUGGCCCCCCAAAACAGGGACAGACAUAGAUGGUGGGCUGGAACACCCCUCACCUCCUAUAUUCCCAGAAAGGCUCGCAUGGGGGUGUGUUGGCCAGCUCCCUAGUUCGUGCCUCCCUACCUAAGGCCGCUGGCUUGACCCUAGGGGCAGACAGUAUUAGAUCAGGACACAGACCUUCUCAUCCCACCUUCAUCACAUGGGGGAGAGGGGACUCCAGGGGUGGGAAGGCAGGCGUCCCUCCAUUUGGGCAGGGUGGGCGGCGAGGAGGGGGUCACUCUGCAGGAACACUGAGCUCUGAACACCUCUCGCCUGCUGCCUGCCUCACACCCUCUGCAUUUGCUGUUUCCUCUGUUGGGGGAGGGGGUUUGUGAGGGGAAUAUUAGAUUACACCUUGUCAUUUGGAAAGCCCCGUGUCUCCGGCGGCCACAGCGAGGUGGGGGUGGUGGUGAGGGAAGUCCAUGGAUUGGCCAGAACUGGGGGAAAAACAAAAGGAAAUGAGAGAAAGAGAGAGUGGGUACCAAAAAAAAAAAAAAAAAAGUAAAAAGUAUCUAGAGCGCAUCCAAACAUCCAGCUCAAAAUACCAAUGACUUGCCAAGGCCGCUGGUCAGCCCGUGGGCCAGGGAGCCAGCCAGGUCCCUCCGGGCCUUGCACGCUACCUCAGUGGCGGAGGGAGCUGGCGGUGGGGGGAGAGGCGGGAGGGAGGGAAGGAGGCACAGCAAAAUGAUGGAGAAGGGUAGCAGAAAAUACGCAGGUGGGCUGAGGGGCGGUGCCCACCCUCCUUGGGCUAUAGGCUAGAGUUCAAAGGAGAGGACAAGAAGUGGGCUAUGGAAUUAGAAAUGUUUCCAACCCCUCCCUUCCCCGCCCCCCGACAGGUGUAAUCUAAGCUUAAAUAAACCCCCCGGAGGCUGCACAAUUUCUUGGCAUCUCUCCCCUGCCCUCUCCAUCCGCAUAUUCAUUUUGGAGUUUGGAGAAGUAUCUAGAAUCUUCUCCCACCCCAAAAUGCCCAGCAGAGCCCCCCCGCCCCCACACCCCUUGGAGCUGCGGCUUGCUGAAUCGUUGAGAUGUCUGACACUGUCGGGGUUCCCUACCUAGUGCUUCAACCAGAUCACCUCACUUUUGAGUUUCCUUCCUCCCCUUUACCCUCGCCCCACUCCCAACCCCCUUAUUUGGUUUUUGUGUUUCUGCCUCUUCCUGCCUGGGGGAGGGGUCGUCUCCUGGUUGCUUUGACGGUUUUUGAGUUGUUUUUCCAUGUGAAUCGGGGUUUGAAGCGACCACCCCCCACAACCUGCCACCCCCCACCCCACCACCCACCCUCCCGACCCCCUCGCCCAAGCGGGUCCCCCCCGCUGGGACCCCCCGGCUACUCGGUGACGAGAAGAGCUGGAAACCAGAGCCAGCUGGAGCGUGCUGAGGACCAAGGCUGGUGUGGUCCCCUUAUAACCUGCCUGGACCCUCCAUUCAGUCCGCCGCGUGGCCCCACGCUUCUCCAUCCUGCCCAUGAGCCACGAGAUCAUGCCAGGGGGCAACGUGAACAUCACCUGCGUGGCCGUGGGCUCGCCCAUGCCGUACGUGAAGUGGAUGCAGGGGGCCGAGGACCUGACCCCCGAGGAUGACAUGCCCGUGGGUCGGAACGUGCUGGAACUCACAGACGUCAAGGACUCGGCCAACUACACCUGCGUGGCCAUGUCCAGCCUGGGCGUCAUCGAGGCGGUUGCUCAGAUCACCGUGAAAUCUCUCCCCAAAGCUCCCGGGACUCCCGUGGUGACCGAGAACACAGCCACCAGCAUCACCAUCACGUGGGACUCGGGCAACCCAGACCCUGUAUCCUAUUACGUCAUUGAAUAUAAAUCCAAGAGCCAGGACGGGCCGUAUCAGAUUAAAGAGGACAUCACCACCACGCGUUACAGCAUCGGUGGCCUGAGCCCCAACUCAGAGUAUGAGAUCUGGGUGUCGGCCGUCAACUCCAUCGGCCAGGGGCCCCCCAGCGAGUCCGUGGUCACCCGCACGGGCGAGCAGGCCCCGGCCAGCGCGCCGCGAAACGUGCAAGCCCGGAUGCUCAGCGCCACCACCAUGAUCGUGCAGUGGGAGGAGCCAGUGGAGCCCAACGGCCUGAUCCGCGGCUACCGUGUCUACUACACCAUGGAGCCGGAGCACCCCGUGGGCAACUGGCAGAAGCACAACGUGGACGACAGCCUGCUAACCACCGUGGGCAGCCUGCUGGAGGAUGAGACCUACACCGUGCGGGUGCUCGCCUUCACCUCCGUCGGCGACGGGCCCCUCUCGGACCCCAUCCAGGUCAAGACGCAGCAGGGAGUGCCCGGCCAGCCCAUGAACCUGCGGGCCGAAGCCAGGUCGGAGACCAGCGUCACGCUGUCCUGGGGUCCCCCGCGGCAGGAGAGCAUCAUCAAGUACGAGCUCCUCUUCCGGGAAGGCGACCACGGCCGGGAGGUGGGAAGGACCUUCGACCCGACGACUUCCUACGUGGUGGAGGACCUGAAGCCCAACACGGAGUACGCCUUCCGCCUGGCGGCCCGCUCGCCGCAGGGCCUGGGCGCCUUCACCCCCGUGGUGCGGCAGCGCACGCUGCAGUCCAAACCGUCAGCCCCCCCUCAAGACGUUAAAUGUGUCAGCGUGCGCUCCACGGCCAUUUUGGUAAGUUGGCGCCCGCCGCCGCCGGAAACGCACAACGGGGCCCUGGUGGGCUACAGCGUCCGCUACCGACCGCUGGGCUCAGAGGACCCGGAACCCAAGGAGGUGAACGGCAUCCCCCCGACCACCACUCAGAUCCUGCUGGAGGCCUUGGAGAAGUGGACCCAGUACCGCAUCACGACAGUCGCUCACACAGAGGUGGGACCAGGGCCCGAGAGCUCGCCCGUGGUCGUCCGCACCGACGAGGAUGUGCCCAGCGCGCCGCCGCGGAAGGUGGAGGCGGAGGCGCUCAACGCCACGGCCAUCCGCGUGCUGUGGCGCUCGCCCGCGCCCGGCCGGCAGCACGGCCAGAUCCGCGGCUACCAGGUCCACUACGUGCGAAUGGAGGGCGCCGAGGCCCGCGGGCCGCCGCGCAUCAAGGACGUCAUGCUGGCCGAUGCCCAGUGGGAGACGGAUGACACGGCCGAAUAUGAGAUGGUCAUCACAAACCUGCAGCCUGAGACCGCGUACUCCAUCACGGUAGCCGCCUACACCAUGAAGGGCGAUGGCGCUCGCAGCAAACCCAAGGUGGUUGUGACCAAGGGAGCAGUGCUGGGCCGCCCAACCCUGUCGGUGCAGCAGACCCCCGAGGGCAGCCUGCUGGCACGCUGGGAGCCCCCGGCCGGCACCGCGGAGGACCAGGUGCUGGGCUACCGCCUGCAGUUUGGCCGCGAGGACUCGACGCCCCUGGCCACCCUGGAGUUCCCGCCCUCCGAGGACCGCUACACGGCAUCAGGCGUGCACAAGGGGGCCACGUAUGUGUUUCGGCUUGCAGCCCGGAGCCGCGGCGGCCUGGGCGAGGAGGCAGCCGAGGUCCUGAGCAUCCCGGAGGACACGCCCCGUGGCCACCCGCAGAUCCUGGAGGCGGCCGGCAACGCCUCGGCCGGCACCGUCCUUCUCCGCUGGCUGCCACCCGUGCCCGCCGAGCGCAACGGGGCCAUCGUCAAAUACACGGUGGCCGUGCGGGAGGCCGGCGCCCUGGGCCCUGCCCGAGAGACUGAGCUGCCGGCAGCGGCUGAGCCGGGCGCGGAGAACGCGCUCACGCUGCAGGGCCUGAAGCCCGACACGGCCUAUGACCUGCAAGUGCGAGCCCACACGCGCCGGGGCCCUGGCCCCUUCAGCCCCCCCGUCCGCUACCGGACGUUCCUGCGGGACCAAGUCUCACCCAAGAACUUCAAGGUGAAAAUGAUCAUGAAGACAUCAGUUCUGCUCAGCUGGGAGUUCCCUGACAACUACAACUCACCGACGCCCUACAAGAUCCAGUACAAUGGGCUCACACUGGAUGUGGAUGGCCGUACCACCAAGAAGCUCAUCACGCACCUCAAGCCCCACACCUUCUACAACUUUGUGCUGACGAAUCGUGGCAGCAGCCUGGGCGGCCUCCAGCAGACGGUCACUGCCUGGACUGCCUUCAACCUGCUCAAUGGCAAGCCCAGCGUCGCCCCCAAGCCUGAUGCCGACGGCUUCAUCAUGGUGUAUCUUCCUGACGGCCAGAGCCCCGUGCCUGUCCAGAGCUAUUUCAUUGUGAUGGUGCCACUGCGCAAGUCUCGUGGAGGCCAAUUCCUGACCCCGCUGGGUAGCCCAGAGGACAUGGAUCUGGAGGAGCUCAUCCAGGACAUCUCACGGCUACAGAGGCGCAGCCUGCGGCACUCACGUCAGCUGGAGGUGCCCCGGCCCUACAUCGCAGCUCGCUUCUCUGUGCUGCCGCCCACGUUCCAUCCCGGCGACCAGAAGCAGUAUGGCGGCUUCGAUAACCGGGGCCUGGAGCCCGGCCACCGCUAUGUCCUCUUUGUGCUUGCUGUGCUUCAGAAGAGCGAGCCUACCUUUGCAGCCAGUCCCUUCUCAGACCCCUUCCAGCUGGAUAACCCGGAUCCCCAGCCCAUCGUGGAUGGCGAGGAGGGGCUUAUCUGGGUGAUCGGGCCUGUGCUGGCCGUGGUCUUCAUAAUCUGCAUUGUCAUUGCUAUCCUGCUCUACAAGAACAAACCUGACAGUAAACGCAAGGACUCAGAACCCCGCACCAAAUGCCUCCUGAACAAUGCCGACCUCGCCCCUCACCACCCCAAGGACCCUGUGGAAAUGAGACGCAUUAACUUCCAGACUCCAGAUUCAGGCCUCAGGAGCCCCCUCAGGGAGCCGGGGUUUCACUUUGAAAGCAUGCUCAGCCACCCGCCAAUCCCCAUCGCAGACAUGGCGGAGCACACGGAGCGGCUCAAGGCCAACGACAGCCUCAAGCUCUCCCAGGAGUAUGAGUCCAUCGACCCUGGACAGCAGUUCACAUGGGAACAUUCCAACCUGGAAGUGAACAAGCCAAAGAACCGCUAUGCCAACGUCAUCGCUUACGACCACUCCCGCGUCAUCCUCCAGCCCAUUGAAGGCAUUGUGGGCAGUGAUUACAUCAAUGCCAACUACGUGGACGGCUACCGGCGUCAGAACGCGUACAUUGCCACGCAGGGGCCGCUGCCUGAGACCUUUGGGGACUUCUGGCGUAUGGUGUGGGAGCAGCGGUCGGCCACCAUCGUCAUGAUGACGCGGCUGGAGGAGAAGUCACGGAUCAAGUGUGAUCAGUACUGGCCCAACAGAGGCACGGAGACCUACGGCUUCAUCCAGGUCACGUUGCUAGACACCAUCGAGCUGGCCACAUUCUGUGUCAGGACGUUCUCUCUGCACAAGAAUGGCUCCAGUGAGAAACGCGAGGUCCGCCAGUUCCAGUUUACGGCGUGGCCGGACCACGGUGUGCCCGAAUACCCAACGCCCUUCCUGGCUUUCCUGCGGAGAGUCAAGACCUGCAACCCUCCAGAUGCCGGCCCCGUCGUGGUUCACUGCAGUGCUGGUGUGGGCCGCACAGGCUGCUUUAUCGUCAUCGACGCCAUGCUUGAGCGGAUCAAGCCGGAGAAGACAGUCGAUGUCUAUGGCCACGUGACGCUCAUGAGAUCCCAGCGUAACUACAUGGUGCAGACGGAGGACCAGUACAGCUUCAUCCACGAGGCCCUGCUGGAGGCCGUGGGCUGUGGCAACACAGAAGUGCCCGCACGCAGCCUCUAUGCCUACAUCCAGAAGCUGGCCCAGGUGGAGCCUGGCGAGCACGUCACUGGCAUGGAACUCGAGUUCAAGCGGCUGGCUAACUCCAAGGCCCACACGUCACGCUUCAUCAGUGCCAAUCUGCCUUGUAACAAGUUCAAGAACCGCCUGGUGAACAUCAUGCCCUAUGAGAGCACACGGGUCUGUCUGCAGCCCAUCCGGGGUGUGGAGGGUUCUGACUACAUCAACGCCAGCUUCAUUGAUGGCUACAGGCAGCAGAAGGCCUACAUCGCGACACAGGGGCCGCUGGCGGAGACCACGGAAGACUUCUGGCGCAUGCUGUGGGAGAACAAUUCGACGAUCGUGGUCAUGCUGACCAAGCUGCGGGAGAUGGGCCGGGAGAAGUGUCACCAGUACUGGCCGGCCGAGCGCUCUGCCCGCUACCAGUACUUUGUGGUAGAUCCGAUGGCAGAAUACAACAUGCCUCAGUAUAUUCUGCGAGAGUUCAAGGUCACAGAUGCCCGGGAUGGCCAGUCCCGGACUGUCCGGCAGUUCCAGUUCACAGACUGGCCGGAACAGGGUGUGCCAAAGUCGGGGGAGGGCUUCAUCGACUUCAUUGGCCAAGUACAUAAGACCAAGGAGCAGUUUGGCCAGGACGGCCCCAUCUCUGUCCACUGCAGUGCCGGCGUGGGCAGGACGGGCGUCUUCAUCACGCUUAGCAUCGUGCUGGAGCGGAUGCGGUACGAAGGUGUGGUGGACAUCUUUCAGACGGUGAAGAUGCUACGAACCCAGCGGCCGGCCAUGGUGCAGACAGAGGAUGAGUACCAGUUCUGUUACCAGGCGGCACUGGAGUACCUCGGAAGCUUUGACCACUAUGCAACCUAAAGCCAUGGUCCCCCCCGGCCCGACACCACCGGCCCCGGAUGCCUCUGCCCCUCCCGGGCGGACCUCCUGAGGCCUGGACCCCCAGUGGGCAGGGCAGGAGGCGGCAGCAGCUGUGUUUCUGCACCAUUUCCGAGGACGACGCAGCCCCUCGAGCCCCCCGCUGGCCCCGGCCGCCCCAGCGACCUCCCUGGCACCGGCCGCCGCCUUCAAAUACUUGGCACAUUCCUCCUUUCCUUUCAAUUCCAAAACCAGAUUCCGGGGUGGGGGGUGGGGGGACGGUGAGCAAAUAGGAGUGCUCCCCAGAACCAGAGGAGGGUGGGGCACAGACCACGGUCGGACCCCUCGUCCUCCCCCAGCGGUGGUGGGGGAACCGGGGGGCUCCUCCCCGCUCUGCAGCCUGGGGACGCUGGGCUGGGACCAGAAUCCAGCUUUCUUUUAAAACUCUCAGUGUAACUGUAUCUCGUGACAUUUCGUUUUUUUUAAAUAGUGUAUUAUUUUUUUUUCCAUUUUUUUUUUUAAGAGAAACAAACAAAAGACUCACCAGUCGACGACUUUCAAAGAAAGACAACAACUUUGGCUUAUUCAUAUUCUGUUCAAAGACAGUCUAUUUUUUCACUGUAGAAAGCGUCCUUGUGUGAUAGUUACGUUCGCAAACGCGCACGCCGGGCCCACGCCUGUACCUUGGCUUGCUUUUUUUUUUUUUUUUUUAAUUAAUUUUUCCUACCAUCAGAAAGUGUGCUUUGCUCACAGAAGAAUGAGAUGUCCUUUUUUCUUUCUUGGCUUUUUUUUUUUCCCCCUUUUUGUUUCAUUUUUAUAAAUUAAAUUUUCAGACAUAUCAAAUACAGUUCUGAGGGUAGGGUCAUGGGGGAACUCGGACCCAGUGGCGUUGGGUACGGUUGAGGGGGACGCUGCUGUAAGAGGAGAGAGAUGACAGUGGUCCUCCCUCCUCUGAGAGCCUGAGCUGUCUCCCCAUCUCCCGCCCCCAAGGAGACAGAGAGGAUCCUACUUCUUCGGGGACGGUGGCUGUAUGGCUGUACUGCCCCACAUCAGAGACCCUUUCCCCCUGGGACUAUGGGGCAGUUUGUGAGCAAAACCAGAAGGACGGGACCCCCUCUACCCACCCACCCUGAGCAAGCGAGUUGUUCCUCUUUGUACAAGGGCAGAUCUGCGGUUACUUUCAAACACUGUUUAUUCCAGCGGAAGCAGCCGGGUGGUUUUCCCACCCCCAUGUAUGUAGAUAUAUCGACUUUGUAUUAAAGGAAGAUCGUCUGAGCUCGG